CAACUUGAAAUGUAAUAAAACCCUAAAAGGGUUCUCGUUUGGAGCAAUAGCCGCCGGACUGAUCUCAGCUGUCCCGCCUUCUUCUCUAUAUCUCAAAUCCUUUUCUUGAUCUCAUUUCACCACCGGGAACCUAUUUUUGUUGUUUCUUUCUUUCACUUUGAUUUUGUCUACCUGUUCUUCCCAUCGCUCUUCUUGCCAUUUGUAAUUCGAUAUAUUUGCUACUGUUGAUGUUAUUACAUGGAAAUUAUGUCGGGGAAUUCUCUGUCUUGGUAGAAUUUAGGGUGUAGUGGGAACUAAAUGAUUUUUAGGACACUUUUUUGGGGAUUGGAAUUGGUGGUUAGGUUGUAAAGGUUCGGGAUAGGGAAUUGGUGGAACGGAUGGAAAUUUUGGUUUUGAUCAGUUUAGAAUGACUCCUUUUGAGCUGUAAAUAGUGGUUUCUUGUUGUAGGAUUUUUUUUUUUAGGCGUAGCUUUCUGUUGUUGCUGUGAGGCAGUGAUCAGAUAGGGUUAGAAGGGUAAGACCGAUGUUUGGUGGCAACGAUGGAUCGUUUGGUGAUGAAUUAGAGACGGAGAUAGGGUUAUUGCUUCGUGAACAGCGUCGGCAAGAGACCGAUGAUCGAGAGCGGGAGCUGAAUUUGUAUAGAAGUGGAUCAGCUCCACCGACUGUUGAAGGUUCUUUGAGUGCGGUGGGUGGUCUGUUUGGUGGGGUUGCUGGUUCUGCUAAUGCCUUUGCGGAGUUAUCGGAUUCGAAUAAUGGUAAUGGUUUUGUGUCAGAGGAGCUGCUUAGGUCUGAUCCAGCUUACUCAUCAUACUAUUACUCAAAUGUGAACCUUAAUCCUCGGCUUCCGCCUCCAUUGAUUUCGAAGGAGGAUUGGAAGUCUGCGCAGAGAUUGAAAGGGGCUAAUUUGGGGUUGGGAGGCAUCGGAGAGACGAGGCGAUCAAAUGUUGGGACGGAUAGUGCCGCCAGAUCCUUGUUUUCUAUGCCCCCUGGGUUUAAUGCCAGGAAACAAGCAUCUGAGGUCGAGUUGGAUAAAGGGCGUGGCGCUACUGAGUGGGGUGGUGACGGGUUGAUUGGUUUGCCUGGUUUAGGACUUGGAACCAAACAGAAGAGUCUAGCUGAAAUCUUUCAGGAUGACAUGGGUCGCACAACUCCUGUUACUGGGCUGCCAUCCCGUCCGACCAGCCGCAAUGCCUUUGAGGAAAAUGUUGAGACAAUGGGUGCCACUGAUGAGUUGGCCAAUUUGCGACAUGACUUGAUGGUUUCUGAAGUUAUGCGAUCUGGUGCAAAUGGUCAGAGCUCUGGAGCACCUUCUUCAUACACUUAUGCCGCAGCCGUGGGUGGUUCAUUGUCAAGAAGCAAUACACCCGAUCCCCAGCUUGUUGCAAGGGCGCCUAGUCCUUGUCUUACCCCCAUUGGAGGCGGGAGAGUUGGAACUACUGAAAAGAGGAACAUUGCAAGCCCAAAAUCAUUUAAUGGCGUCUCAUCUGGAAUCAACGAGUCUUCAGAACUUGUAUCAACUUUAUCUGGUAUGAACUUGGCAUCAGAUGAUGCCAUAAAUGAAGAGGGUCAUUUGCUAUCUCAAAUAAAACAAGAUAGUAAUAACCAACAGGGCUAUGCAUAUGGCAUGCAAGGAGGUCAGAAUCAUAUUAAACAACAGUCAUAUGCGAAGAAGAACGAGUCUGGGGGUGCACCCAGGUCUUCAUUCUCAGACUUGAAUGACAACAAUGGAGGGGGACCCAACUUCUCCAGAGAUAGGCAUGCUGAACUGCAACACUCUUCUGUUCCUCCUGCUAGCUUGUUUUUGAAAGGUGGUCAGCAUGCUUCAUCUCAUAACAAUGGAGCUCAGUAUCAGCAUGUAGAUGGCACAAAUUUGACAUAUCAGAACUUUGGCCUGAGUGGGUACUCGAUUAGUCCACCUUUGGCAUCUAUGAUGCCCGGGCAACUCGGCACUGCUAAUUUACCAACAUUGUUUGAAAAUGUUGCCUCAGCUUCAGCUUUGGGAGCCUCUGGUUUGGAGUCACGGGUUCUUGGGGGAGGGUUAGCUUCUGCAAACUUGGCUUCUUCUGCUGCAGAUUCACAUAUUCUUGGUAAAUUGGGAGGUCAAAUGAGUGGCAAUGCUCUUCAGGCAUCCUUUGUCGAUCCCAUUUAUCUUCAAUACUUGAGGACGCCUGAAUAUGCUUCAGCACAACUCAGUGCUUUAAAUGAUCCUUCUCUUGAUAGAAAUUAUCUGGGAAAUUCAUAUAUGAACCAGCUAGAACUGCAGAAAGCCUACGGGGCUCUGCUAUCACCUCAAAAAUCACAAUAUAGUAUCCCAUUCAGUGGUAAAUCUGGUGUUUCAAAUCAUCAUGGUUAUUUUGGAAAUCCAGCUUUUGGAGUUCACAUGUCUUAUCCUGGAAGUCCUAUGGCAAAUCCUGUCCUUUCUAACUCCCCUGUAGGACCUGGUAGUCCUGUCAGGCACAAUGACAUUCAUUUGCGCUAUCCUUCUGGUACAAGGAACUUAGGUGGUGUUAUGAGUCCUUGGCAUCUGGACGUUGGAAAUAUCAACGAAAGCUUCUCAUCCUCUCUCUUAGAGGAGUUCAAGAGCAAUAAGACAAAAUGUUUUGAACUUUCUGAAAUUGCCGGUCAUGUGUUCGAAUUUAGUGGGGAUCAAUAUGGAAGUCGAUUCAUUCAACAAAAACUUGAAACAGCUACUGUUGAUGAGAAAAAUAUGAUUUAUCAGGAAAUUAUGCCUCAAGCUCUUGCUCUGAUGACUGAUGUCUUUGGCAAUUAUGUGAUUCAAAAGUUCUUUGAGCAUGGACUUGCAGUACAGAGAAGAGAAUUGGCCAAUAAGCUUUUUGGUCACAUACUUACGCUGAGCCUUCAGAUGUAUGGUUGUCGGGUGAUCCAGAAGGCAAUUGAAGUAGUAGAUCUGGACCAAAAGAUUAAAAUGGUCAAAGAGCUUGAUGGACAUAUCAUGCGCUGUGUACGCGAUCAGAAUGGGAACCAUGUUAUACAAAAGUGUAUAGAAUGUGUCCCCGAAGAAGCAAUCCAUUUUAUAGUUUCAACAUUUUUUGAUCAAGUUGUGACACUUUCAACUCACCCGUAUGGCUGUCGUGUGAUACAGAGAGUUCUUGAGCACUGCAAGGAUGAAAAUACUCAAAGUAAAGUUAUGGAGGAAAUUCUAGGAUCUGUUAGCAUGUUGGCACAAGAUCAGUAUGGAAAUUAUGUCGUUCAGCAUGUAUUGGAGCAUGGAAAACCUCAUGAGCGUUCUGCAAUUAUUAAGGAAUUGGCUGGUAAAAUAGUUCAAAUGAGUCAGCAGAAGUUUGCCUCUAACGUCGUCGAGAAAUGCUUAACCUUUGGCGGUCCAACGGAGCGCCAGCUACUUGUCAGCGAAAUGCUUGGCACUACAGAUGAAAAUGAGCCUCUUCAGGCAAUGAUGAAAGAUCAAUUUGCAAACUAUGUCGUCCAAAAAGUGCUCGAGACUUGUGAUGACCAGCAACGCGAGUUGAUUCUCUCUCGAAUCAAAGUUCAUCUCAAUGCCCUGAAGAAAUAUACUUACGGGAAGCACAUCGUUGCUCGUGUAGAGAAACUUGUCGCUGCUGGGGAAAGGAGAAUUGCAGCUCAGUCUUCUCCACACCCUUCUUUGGUGACCUAGGAAAGAAACCAUGUACAGCUAACUGAAGCGAUCGACGAACAUGCGAGCUUCAUCGUCUCUUUCCACUCUUUUCCGUUUUAUCAUCUAGAGCAGUAGCUCAACCUCAACCUCAACCUCUCUGUGAAGACAGGUAUGAGCUGAUUGACAAUAAAGCAAGUUGUUUGUUUGUACUUUGGAAGGAAGCCUGUACAUUUGUAGUUUUAAGCUGCUUUAUACGUAGAAAUCGAUCAAUUUCGUGGCACCCGAUUGCCGCGGACGAGAUAAAAGAUGGCUGCCUGCCUAUACUUAGUUUCUUUUUUCCUUUUCCUUAAGGGGAUGUAAAUGACUUUAAAAAAUGUUGAGGUAGUUUUUCUUUUUUCUAAAUGUUUUAGCGUGACUGUACAAAAUGUUGCCAUGUGAAGAAGAGAGCUGUUUAUGUUUAGAUUAUUUGAGGCCAUACUUUUCUUCUCA